GCCACUGUCUACCAACCCACAACCAUGUCAGAAAAAUAAGCGCUGUAGGAGGAGAGCUCCCUCAAAAAGGGUUAGAUAUUUACUUAAAAACGCUUAAAGCUCGUAUUCCUCCACCGUUGUUCGUUUGGGACCAAGUUUGUUGAGAAGUCACUCCGUGGAACCAAGUGACGUUUGGGGAUUUCCAGUCGCGGAAACAGCCAAUAGGAGGCCAACUGGAUGCGCCAACAGCCAAUAGGAGGCUAGCUGGAUGCGCCAACAGCCAAUAGGAGGCCAGCUGGAUGCGGAAACGCUAAAAGUGAAGUCAAACCUCUUCCUCGUCUACUUCUUCAUUUGACGCUUUUCACAUGUUGCUGCUUCUUGUUGUUGUUGUUAUUGUUGUUGUUGUUGUUGUUGUCGACACUCUCCUCCCUGGCCGGGACCAUCUUUACUCUCCCGCCGUUUAGUCCAUUCGGCGUGUGCUCCCGCGGCUGAAGACAUGGACGUUUUUAACGGCGCGGCUGAGCGUGGACUCUCCGACUUUGACCUCAUCCAGGAGAUCAUCACAGAGGAGCGCACGGGCGUGUCUCUCCCCCGGCCGCCGCCUCCUCCUGCCGAGCCGUGCAGCCAGAACCACAGGAAGCUGCAUCACAACGCCUCUCCGCCGCCAUCUCAGCAAGUUCUGGUGGCCAGAGGUACUGCGUGUCAGUCAAGCUGCAGCUACGCACUGCCUCCCCAGCAGCCCUGCACCUCCCAGAAUAUGUCCCGACCUUCAUCGUCCUCGGGCCUUCGUCACCUCCAUCAUCACCAUCUUCAUCAUCCUCAUCAUCAUCUCCAAGCCGACCCCUCUCGGCGUGGUCCAGGGUGCCCGAUGACCUCAAAGGCCGCCGGCCCCGCCUCCUCUCAGGGGCGUGGCGGGGCGGAGACCAAUAUGCUGGAGCGUGUCCUGGAGAAGCCCAAACUGGUGGUGGUCGAGCAGCCCAAAGAGCGAGGCAUGAGGUUCCGUUACGUGUGCGAGGGCCGCUCGGCCGGCAGCAUCAUGGGGGCGUCCGGGACGGAAAGCAACAAAACUCAGCCUGCCAUCGAGAUUGAAGGCCCCAUAGACCACUUGAAGAAGGUGACCGUCACCGUUUCCCUGGUGACCAAAGACCCCCCACAUCGGCCGCACCCCCACUGCCUGGUGGGAAAGGACUGCCCCGAGAAGUCGGGAAUCUGCGUGGUGACGCUGAACCCUCACAGCAACAGACGACACAGCUUUGCUAACCUGGGCAUCCAGUGUGUGACGAGGAGAGAACUGGACAUCUCACUUCAGAGGAGAAAAAGCCAGAAUAUUGACCCCUUUCAAACUGGUCACUCCAAGGGCAUCGAGGACAUGGACAUGAACGCGGUGCGUCUGUGUUUCCAGUCUGAACUGGAGUGGGAGGACGGCAGGACGGACAGCCUCAGCCCCGUGGUGUCCAACCCCGUCUAUGACAAAAAGGCAACCACCACAUCGCAGUUAAAAAUCAGCCAGUUGAACCAAUACAGAGGACCUUGCACUGGCAAGACGGAGAUCUACAUGCUGUGUGACAAAGUGCAGAAAGACGACAUCGAGAUCAUUUUCAGGCGCGGCUCGUGGAAGGCAAACGCCGAGUUUGCCCAGACGGACGUCCACCGGCAGAUAGCCAUCGUGUUUAAAACCCCGCCCUACUGUGACCAGGACAUCACGGAGGAAGUGGACGUCAGCGUCACGCUACGCCGUCUCUCAGACCAGAUCGAGAGCGAGCCCAUCAGCUUCACCUACUCGCCAGACAACACAGAUCCUUAUGAUGUGAAGCGGAAGAGGAAGAUCAAGCCCGAUGUCAACUUCCAGGAAAAAGCCAACAUAAAAGGUGAGCAUGGUCGUCAUCAACUUUGCGUGCCUGUUGAGGAAAGUGAAAGCAGGCCUCUCCUCGCAGCCGAGUCAGCACCAGAGCAGACCUUCCACGUCCCUCGAGCCGUCAUGUCGCCGAGCGAGAGGCCGUGCUCUGCGCAGGCGGAGAUGUGGUACACCGAGUCACAGGACAUAGACAUGGACACGGAAAACCUCAUCAGCCAGCUGCUAGAACUGCUCCCGGACGAGGCCAUAGUCUCCGCCAUCCCCGCUGGAUUCGAUCAGGGCCCGGAGGGCGGCCAGGCCCCCUUCGCCAACAUGGACGCCAACCUCAACCAGACCUUUGGCUCGUACACCCAGGACUUUUCCCACUACUCGGACUUGCAGUUCAACAUGCUGGUCAACGAGAACCGGAACAUGCAGCCUGAGACACGGGCCAGCCCGUCCGACGCGGUCCAGGUGAAGACAGAAAUCCCACAAGCCGGUGUGGAGGAGUACUUGGACCCCAAAGCAGAGAGUCGGGCAGCGUUGGACUGUAAUGAUUUAUUUCACAAAAGGGAAAAAGCCACACCACAAUAGUUUGAGAGGACAACAAAGUACAAACAAGACUGGGACGAAACGUAAACUGAAUGCAGAUCAGAAGAACAAAAAGUAAAUUAGUCUCCACCCAGAAUAAACAUACCGGAGCUACUGACAGUUCAAAGGAACAGUCAGGUGACGGGUGGGCAAACCACAGGGCUUAAAUAAGACCUGCUUGCAAAGUGCAAUCAGGUGAGAGAUUGUGGCUCCGCCCCCAGAACGCCAAAAAAAUUAGCUGUACAACAUAAAAGCGGUGAACUGGCACAGCAGUCUGCUGUGACCUGGGAGGGCAGGUGGCACCUGAAAUCAGAAUCCAGCCAUUUUCUGUAAGGUAACAAUGUAUGCAAACAUUUUAGUAGUUACUAGAGCAUUUCAUAGCAGUCAUCACUUGAAAAGGCCAUCCAUCCAUCCAUUUUACUCCGCUUAUCCGAGGUCGAGAAGCCCAGACUUCCCUCUCCCCAGCCACUUCGUCCAGCAACUCCCGGGGGAUCCCGGGCGUUCCCAGGACAGCCAGGAGACAUAGUCUUCCCAACGUGUCCUGGGUCUUCCCCUUGGCCUCCUACCGGUUGGAGUGGCGGCUUUACUCUGAGUUCCUCCCGGAUGACAGAGCUCCUCACCCUAUCUCCUGGCGGAGGUAACUCAUUUGGGUCAAUUGUACCUGUGAUCUUGUCCUUUCGGUCAUAGCCUAAAGCUCAUGACCAUAGGUGAGGAUAGGAACGUAGAUCGACCGGUAAAUUGAGAGCUUUGCCUUCCAGCUCAGCUCCUUCUUCACCACAACGGAUCGACACAGCGUCCGCAUUACUGAAGACGAUCUGUCGAUCUCACCAUCCACUCUUCCCCCACUCGUGAGCAAGUCUCCUAGGUACUUGAACUCCUCUACUUGGGGCAAGAUCUUCUCCCCAACCUAGAGAUAGCACUACACCCUUUCUUGGGCGAGAACCAUGGACUCGGACUUGGAGGUGCUGAUUCUCAUCCCAGUCGCGAACCGAUCCAGUGAGAGCUGAAGAGCCAUCAGGACCACAUCAUCUGCAAAAAGCAGAGACCUAAUCCGGAACACCUCAACUGCGCCUAGAAAUUCUGUCCAUAAAAGUUAUGAACAGAAUCUGUGACAUAGGCGGAGUCCAACCCUCCCUGGAAACAGGUCCGACUUAACGCCGGCAAUGCAGACCAAGCUCUGGCACUGAUCCUCCAGGGAGCGGACCUCCACAAUCAGACAGUCCGAUACCCCAUAGUCUCUGAGCACUCCCCACAGGACUUCCCGAGGGACACGGUCCAAUGCCUUCUCCAAGUCCACAAAGCACAUGUAGACUGGUUGGGCAGCCUCUAGAACCCUGCCCAGACUAUAGAGCUGGUCCACAGUUCCACCACCAGGACGAAAAGGCCUUUUAAACCCAAGUUUAAACCAUGUCAUCGUCCGACCCCAACCCUCGAUAGCCAAUUUCAGGAAAUACUUUGUUUGGCUACCAAAUCAAAACCCUGACAUUUUUUUUGUGAAGUAACUAUUAGUUUGUUGUUGUCAGUGAGGACUUUUUUAUGCUAAAAUAUGCUGGCACUUUUUCCCCUAAACAAGGUUUUUAAACACAAGUUUACACUGAAAUACACAUGAAAGGUGACUAAGCUUUGGAAAACAAUCAUUGGGAAAAACAACAGAUCACAACGUAGUUCAGGACCUAAAUAGAAAGUGGAACGUUCCCAUGUAAAAAUGUAAAUAAAUAGUCAAAAUGUCA